AUGUGCACGAUCACAAGGCGCUCUGCGGCCACCGCUCAUUCGCGCUCAGUUGCGCAAGGGCCAAAGCUGGACUUCUGCAGACCAGAUGCAAUGGCGUGUGGACGCACGUUGUAUGGUGCGGAAUCGGAAGCCAAGCAGCAGGGAAGCGCGAGGAUCGACCGAUCGUCGGAACGGGAUAAAAUCUUUAUCCGGAUCCGCAAGUCUGAUAUGAAAGAGGACACCGCUCUACCAGUGUCGGCAUGGGGUCUUGGUCAGUCUCACUCUUGCGGCCUUGAGAUGGCUCAUAACACGGCGCAUGUAGCCAUCCAAAGUCUGCUUGCUUUCGUCAUUGGUACAUCGGGCGCUUGCCUUGUGGGCGUGCACCACGCAAGCCCGCGAAGCGCUGCCUUCAGACUCUCAGCAUGGUACAGAAAUCCGGUUACCAACCUGGACAAAGCCGGACGUCGUCAUGAAAUCUCCGAAACCGCGAUUGCGGGGCCAUCAGUAGAUCGAACUUGGUUACCGGAGAAGCAUACCCGAGUAUUUGAGUUUCUCCGGCUCGGUGGUGAGGGUGGCAAUGAAUAUGUAGUUGCACGACGUUUCCGUGGCCUUUAG